AUGUGCGUAGUGCAAGAAAAUAAGGACAAAAAGGUACGUCCAAUAGGAGAUUUUCGAGCUUUCAACGAAUUUGUAAAUUGUCAUACAGCGAAUGCGGACGUUUGUCAAGAAAAACUGCGUUGUUGGAGAAAAAUUAAAAAAGCAAAAAUUCUUGAUCUUAAAAAAGCCUACCUCCAAAUUCAUAUUGAUAAAAGACUCUGGCCAUAUCAAACGGUGAUUAUAAAUGGGAAACGAUAUUGUUUUACUAGAAUGUGUUUUGGCAUAAACGUGGCUCCAACAAUAAUGACCACAAUUCUUCGACAUGUGCUCAAUUUAAAUCCAACUGUAAAUAAAGCAUGUGAUAACUACAUUGAUGAUAUAUUUGUGGAUGAAAGUCUGGAAACUGCGGAAAAUGUAGCGAAGCAUCUGCAUAAAUUCGGGUUACAAUGUAAACCUCCACAAAAUCUUGAACAAGGACGUGUCUUAGGAUUGAGAGUCGAAAAAAAUAAAAAUGGGGAACUGAUAUGGAAACGAGACAAUGUGGUACAAUUUGAACCUUUAAAUGUAGUCACACGAUCGCAGCUUUUUAGCAAGUUAGGUAAACUCAUUGGACAUUACCCAGUGGCAGGAAGUUUGCGUUUACAAGCUUUAUACAUCAAACGUUUAGCUGGAAAUAUACCUCGGUGUGAUUUUAUUUCAGAAGAUUGUAAAGAAAAACUGAAAGAUUUGCUUCACCGUGUGGAAAAGGAGGAUCCGGUUGGUGGAAAAUGGUUGGUACCAGUGAAUGGAAAAGCUGAGCUUUAUUGUGAUGCAUCAUCCAUAGGACUUGGGGUAGUUCUGCUCAUUGGUGGAGUAGUUGUAGAAGACGCAGCAUGGCUACGGCCAGCAAGUGAGACACACCAUAUCAAUAUAAGUGAACUGGAUUCAAUACUUCGAGGACUAAACUUAGCUAGUAAGUGGGACAUAAAAGAGUUUACAUUAUACAGUGAUAGCAAGAGCACCGUCGGAUGGUUAAACUCAGUUUUGAAGGAAGAAUAUCGCGUAAAAACUCGUGGAAUUUCUCAGUUGUUAGUACAAAGACGGUUAAAUACUAUUAAGGAAGUGGCAAAAAGUCUCCAGAUCAAUGUACAAUGUAUGGAUGUACUCAUCCAGUACAAUGGAUUCUAUUCGACAUAA